GCCCGGCCCCGCCCGCCGCCGUCCCGGGCGGGCGCAGGAGGCGGCCUCCGCACCGCGGGCACGCCACCCUCGCCUAGCUGUUUGACAGAAGUGGAUUGUGAAUGUAAGCCUUUGAUAACCUCAGCCUAUCAGCAUUAUAGUCCUUGGGAUAGAGAGCAGCUCUCCAAGCCUCUUCAGGGGAUGCACCAUGACAUCAGCAGUGAUUGACACUGGAGGCCCUGGCCUAGAGUUCGACAGCAAUGGAAUGAAAAACCAUGAGGAAAAUGAGCCAGUCUCUGAAUUCCCAGCUGUGAUUGUGGAGCCAGUGCCUAGUGCCAGACUAGAACAGGGUUAUGCUGCUCAGGUCCUGGUUUAUGAUGACGAGACUUAUCUGAUGCAAGAUGUAGCAGAGGAACAAGAAAUUGAGACUGAAACUGUGGAAACAGUGGAAGCAUCAGUUCACGGAAGCAAUGUACACUGCACAGAUAAGACAAUUGAAGCUGCAGAGGCCUUGCUUCAUAUGGAGUCUCCUACCUGCCUGAGAAAUGCCAGGAGUCCUGUGGAAGUUUUGGUCCCUCCUUGUGUAUCAGCCCCAGAGUUCAUCCAUGCAGCCAUGAGACCUGAUGUGAUCGCAGAAACUGUGGUAGAGGUGCCAGCAGAUGAAUCUGAACCCAUGGAUUCAUCUCCUGUUCGAACAUCCCCUGACAUCCACGAACGAAUGAAGAAGAAAAAAGCUGGCCGUAAACCCAAGAGCCAACAGUCAAGCAUUUCAGAUGGAUCUCCAGACCUGGGUAUAAAGAAGAAACCUAGAGAAGGCAAAGGAAAUACAACGUACUUAUGGGAGUUUCUUCUGGACCUUCUCCAGGACAAAAAUACUUGUCCUCGUUACAUUAAGUGGACUCAGCGAGAGAAAGGAAUCUUUAAGCUUGUGGACUCGAAGGCUGUCUCCAAACUAUGGGGAAAACACAAAAACAAACCUGACAUGAACUAUGAGACCAUGGGAAGAGCUCUGAGAUACUACUAUCAAAGAGGAAUCCUUGCCAAAGUUGAGGGACAGAGGCUUGUUUAUCAGUUUAAGGAGAUGCCAAAAAAUAUAGUUGUCAUCGAUGAUGACAAAAGUGAACCCUGCAGUGAAGAUUUGUCAAUGCCUACAGAUGAAAAGUCAUUGGAGAGAGUGUCUUUAUCUGCAGAAAACCUCCUGAAAGCAGCAACCUCUGCACGCGGAGGAAAAAACUUGUCUCAGUUAAGUUGUACCAGAACAGAAAAAGCAGUCACCAGAGUGGUGAAUAUUGCCUCACCAGCACACGAUACAUCAUCAUCUCGCCCCUCGACAACCACUACUACUGUCCCAGCAUCGUCAGCUCCCAGGACUGUACGUGUGGCAAUGCAAGUGCCUGUUGUCAUGACCUCUCUGGGACAGAAAAUUUCUACUGUGGCAGUACAGUCAGUAAAUGCAGGGUCGCCGUUAAUUACCAACACAAGUCCAACAACGGCAACAACUCCAAAGGUAGUAAUCCAGACAAUCCCUACUGUGAUGCCAACCGCUACCGAGAGUGGAGACAAAAUCACAAUGCAGCCUGCCAAGAUCAUUACGAUCCCUGCCACGCAGCUGACGCAGUGUCAGGUACAAACAAAACCAGGCCUGACUGGGUCGGGAAGCAUCAACAUCGUUGGAACCCCGUUGGCUGUUAGAGCACUAACCCCGGUGUCUAUAGCUCACGGGACACCAGUGAUGAGACUAUCGGUGCCUGCGCAGCAGGCGUCCGGCCAGACUGCCCCCAGGGUUAUUAGUGCAGUAAUAAAAAGCCCAGAAGUGAAAUCAGACACAGCAGCUGUAACACAAGAACGUGAAGUGAAAACGCUGCAGCUCUUACAGGAAGAGAAGACGGCAGAUGGGAGCAAGACUGUAACCCAUGUAGUAGUAGUUAGUACGCCCUCAGCUAUCGCGCUUCCUGUGACAAUGAAAACAGAAGGAAUCCUAACGUGUGAGAAGUGAAGAACAGGUUGCUUCCAACGUGGACUUACGGACUGUUACUGUUUUGCUUAAACUGACAUAAUUGGGGAGGGAAGUGGAGGCGAUCGCCAUGUCAGAAAGGAGAGUUUGGAAGUGUUAAAAAACAUGCGUUAUUUUGGAGACUUAGUGGGGAGAAAAAGAAAUAUUUUUCCCGUGUUUCAGUGGGAAUGGAACCACAUUGCUAUGCUGACAGAAAUGGCCUCUUCCAGUCAGGAGACAGCUGAACCCAUGGAGAAGGAACGAUGGAGAGACUGAAAAGGGACCAAACAGUUCACUACGCUGUCACAGCACACUAAGACCUGGAACACUAAAAUUGAAUUGUGUGAGAGGUUUGCCUUGGUUUUUGGUUUUCAGGGAAGAGGAAAGUCUCAUUUCUAGAAAUGGCAAAGUUGAUGAAUUUUAUAUGCAUACCAGCAAUCACUACUGUGUGCCCGCAGUACUCAACUGGUGCUAAGUGAAAACCUCUGCUACUAGGUAUUGUAGAAUGUGAAAUAAAGGAGAUUGAAGAGCUUCUAAAAGAAGACAGAGACCUAGAGGGAUUUUUGUAUCAUAGCUUAAGCAGAUUUAAAAUGAAAGCCUUAGACUGAUUUUCAAUUAUCUUUCUUGAAAUAAGCUAAUGGCUUGUUUGUUUAAAGCUUUUUUAUUGAAACAAAUUUUUUUAAAAAUCUUGUACCUAGCACAGUAUUGUUAUAGAAUUACAUGUAACAUAUUUUGUAUGGUAGGUAAAGUCUGUCUAAAUUUCUUAAUUGUGGACAAAAUAGCAGCAGGCCUCUGGCCUUUUGCUGUAACAUGCCUGUGUCUCUCACUUAGCCUUGACAUCUGUGCAUACAUUUCAGUUUCAGCUCUACUCUGUCACUUGAAAGGUCACACCCAGCAUGAGCUUUUGUCAGGUAGUUCUAAACCUGUAAAUUUGUUUUUUUUUUAGUUGAAGUUAAGAGGGAAGUACCAGUGUUCAGAAUGAACUAUAAUAGUUUGUAUAUUCAACAUUUGAAGUAUAUUCUAUUUUGUUGUACUCUUGUUUCAAAGUGUAUUCAAGUAGGUUUUACUGAAAUAUAGAAAUGAAAUUU